CCUGUAAAACACAAGAUGGCGGCGGAAGAUACCAGGCUGUCUCCUAGGACCAGGAAUCCAGUGCAAGGCAGCCUCCCCUCCUGCUCCAGGGGACAACACUGAAAAGGAACAUGGAGGGUGCAGCUCACACCGACACGGAGCUCACGCCCUCCACGACGCAAAAAAUCUCUCUGUUGGAACAAAAAAUAGAGAAACAGGCACAAGAAAUCCAGCUGAAGGACAGGAGGAUUGCUGAACUCGAGGAGAAGAUAAAGACUCUUCAGGAAGGGGAAGGUGCUCCUGACUCAUCCACCCUGGAAGAGCUGGAAGGGAGGUGUCUUCAGCUGCAGACCCAGGUCUGCGAGAUGGAGCGGUUUCUGAGUGACUACGGUCUGAUUUGGGUUGGGGAGACACAGGAUCAGCUGGAAGACACAGAAUCUCUCGGGGAUGAAGGGGAGCUGCUCCCAAGGAGCCUCUGGAAGCCAGGUGAAGCAGUUGUUUCCAAAUACCAGAUUGAUUUUGAUUUGAUCUUGGAGAACGUUAAAUAUUUGAACCUGCUGGCUGGAGAAGGCAGUCCUCAAAUCAAGCACACACUCCAGGGGGCUCGGCUGAAGCAGCCAGAACCCAUCCCUCUCACCCUGUACCAAAAUGGGAUCAUCAUGUGCAACGGAGCCUUCCGGCCCUACCAGGACCCAUCCACACAGCAAUGCCUGCAGGACAUCAUGGAUGGGUAUUUCCCUUCAGAGCUGCAGCAGCGCUACCCCGAUGGCGUCCCUUUGCAGGUCACUGACAGAAGGGACGUGGUAUUUGAGGAGAGGGACCUUCCAAGGAGUUUUCCUGGCCAUGGCCAAACAGUUGGUCAUUCAGAAUCAAACCAAGUGCAGGAAACCACCGAGAUCCCAGGUCCCAAAGCCUCCUUGGAGCAGUUUCCCAACGAGCUUCCCAAGCCCCUGGAACAUGGAGGAGGAGUGGUUGGUGUCCAGGGCUCAACUGGAGCAGCACAGCAGGGCUUUGAUGGGGUGCAGAGCAGCAAAGAGACCCUGGUGGAGACCCCCAGGCUGGCUACCCUGGAGAGGUACAGGGUGAAGAUGACUGAAGAGGCUGAAGCUCCUGCCCCUGGAGUCUGCACUCUCCGUGUCAGGUGUGAGAGCGGGGAGCACACGCACGUCGUGAGGAUGCUCUUCACCGACACCAUCGGGGACCUGCGCCAGCACCUCGCCCGCAUCAGGGGUGGAGACUCCGACUCGUAUGAGAUCAUCAGCACCUUUCCCCAGAGGCUGUACACAGACAACUCCAGGAGCCUGCAGGAAUGUGGGCUGAUCCCCAAUGCCUCCUUGCUGCUGAGGAGAAGAGACCCCUCCCAGCAAGAGGGACAGGGCUGCAAACACCAUAACAGCUCCUCAUCCCAAGCUCUGCAAGAAGGAGCUGCCUCUCACCUGUUAUAACCUUCCCUGGCUGGGAAGAGGUUUUCUUUCCAGAUUUAGUUUCCUUGUGCCAUUACCUGGGAUGGAGAAAAGCCUGGAGCAGUGGUUUGGCCUCUCCCUGUGGCAGAGGGUGCCAGGCCCACUCCUGCUGCCUCGCAGUGGGUGCUAUUCCCCAAGACAGGUGGGCUCCCAACCCAGGGACACUUCCAUCAGCUCACACCUGGGGUCCAGGCCUGGUUCCUCAUUUGUGUGGAGUUACACGGGCUGAUCCCUGCCCAGGGGAGCCUGCCAGCUUCACGCUGGC